UUCUUUCGUUUUAUUUUUACGGAGUCGCGAGCAAGAAUGAGACGAGAACAACAAUCGCGAGAAAUGUGUUUUCGGUGAGCUAGAAGUCUCCCGAAUUGAGAAAAAUAUUUUGUUGUGAAUCAUUUUUGAGUUUUUGAAAAAUUUGUGCAAUUCAAAAGUUCAGUCACAACAAAACUGUGGAUAACGCAAGACGUGUGUGUGUACAAUAUAACGAUGUACAGUGUAGUGGAACUAUGAAAACUGAUUAAAUUGAUUGAAGAACGAUAUUUUUAUAUAUUAUAAUAUACCGACACGACAACCACGUCUGUUUUGAAUUUAUUUAAAUAGAUUUUUGAUGAUCUUAGAAGUCAAGUGUCUUCGGAGUUAAAGAAAAAAAAAUUGUUCAUAAGAAUUUUUAUUUUUGAAUUAUAAACUUUAAACCCAUACACCAUGUGUGAAUAAAUUGAUGCUUGGAAAAUUUCGAGUUAAAAAAAAAAGUUCAAUUUGUGGAUUCUGUUAGAUUAAAAUUUGCUUUUAUUGUUCUCAAAACAGAAGAUUGUUAAACGACUAAAAACAAAUUUUUGGAAAACUGUGCCAAAAAAAAACGCAUCUCACUGGAACAGGAACACAUUACCGGAAUAACAUUUUUUGUGCUUUAAUUUCAAUUGGAUUAAUCAUAAAAUUGAAAGACGAAAUUGACAAAUUAUACCAAACAAACAGGUGACACAAUUUCAAAAGUGUAAAAUAUUUAUACAUUUACUGGCAAAUAUGGCAACAUCGAGAAAUUAUCAGCACUUAAUGAGUGCAAGCGACCUCUCAUCAAUUAUUUUAAAAGGCUCGAAACUGAUGGCCAAUUUGGAUCGUCGCACUGGUUUCUGUUCGGACAGUUCUGAGAAUGGAGACGAAUUUCAACGAGACAGUUUACGAAGUCCGACAGACACAUCCGAAGAUUCGGUGGAAGUUAAACUAACGCCAAUUGUCAUACCAAAAAAUAAACGAAAAUGUUUAGAACCGUCCAAAAUUGUACCUGAAAGUGGAUUCCCUUUGAAAAAGCGAAUUAAAUUCGAAGAUACAAUGCGAAUGAUCAAAGCAGAAUGUACCGAUCCAUUGGACAAAAGUCAUUUUCGACCGUGGGACACCACUAUAUCCGAAGUGGAUCCAAGUCGAAUAAAUAUCAUCGAUCCGGCCAAAAUAUAUGCUCGCCAUCCGGGUGUGACAACACUUCAUCGUGUGCCAAAUACGUCUGUUAGCCAAAUUCAUGACGACCAAGAACAGCCAUUAGCCCUGCUAUCGAAACCCAAAAAGCCAAGUCUGGAAGAGAAACUCGAAGAAAAUUCUGCAGCAAAUCUAGUCUAUUCAACAUUUAACAUUAAGAACCUACAAACGCAUUCAGAGACCAGCCAAGAUGCGUCAACAUCAUCGCAAAGUAUGCGACCCUCUCAGCAGCGAAACUACAAAAAUAUGACUCGUGAACGACGCAUCGAAGCAAAUGCCCGCGAACGGACACGAGUUCACACCAUUUCAGCGGCAUUCGAUACUCUGCGAAAAUCGAUACCGUCGUAUUCAAACACCCAAAAGCUAUCCAAAUUGUCUGUCCUCAGAGUGGCCUGUUCGUACAUUUUGACAUUGAGCAGGAUAGUCGGUGAUGACUACAGUCCCGAUCAAAGUGAGCCAUCAAUUAAUGAGUGUGUGGAAGAGGUUACAAAAACGAUACAAACGGAAGGGAAAAUUCGAAAGAAAAAGGACGAGUAAAUGAACCACACCUUCGGGCCUCUGUGGCGUGUAUUGAUAGUCAAAAGACGGUGCUAAUAGACCAUUGAUAAUUAUGUUUUUAUCUCAAUAUAUUUGAUCCGGCCAUAAAAUUUAUUUAAGUUUGUUUUCUCGAUUCUAAUUUUUUUUUUUUUUUUCGUGAAUUGUGUUUGAGAUUUCAUCAUGAUUUCAAUGUACUGAGAACGUUUUGAAGGUGUCUUGUCGUAUAUAAAAAUAGUACAAAAAGCAAUGUUGUAAUUAUAUAAAAAUGAUUGCCUUACGCUUGCCACCCCUUUGUAAAGAUAUUGUGCUGUUGUUAUUCUUUCCUACGAUUGCUACUAUAAAAAUAGAUUUGAUCCUCAUAAUAACAUCAAGUAUAUAUCUACCAUAUAUACGCGCCAUAUUAAUUGUACAUAAAAAAAUAAAUUAUUAAAAGAUUCUGUUUCUGUUAUACGAAAAAAAUUUACAUUUUUAUUUCUACUUUUAAGAUUUUGUUUUAAUGGUUCGACUGUAAGAUCUAUAUAGUUGUGCGGUUAAGUAAUUGUUAAAAAUAAAGUUCCGAUUGGCUUGUGAUAAAGUCAAUUUGAAAGAAAAGAUUGAACCUAAUUUUCUUUGCAAAGACAAUAAAAUGAUCAAAAAUAAAGAAAAAUUAUGUUUUGAACA